GUUUCUUUUCUCAGCUGAAACGCUGUUGUUCGCUGUGCCGCUGUCGUGCAUGAAGAACCACUAAAACUUGGAUUAUUUGCUGCAGUUACCGGCGACUAAACUUGCUGCAAAUAAGGAAAGAAUACACACGGUCAGAAGAAUAAGAGGAAUUGGGACGGUCCUCUUUGGGGAAUAAGGUGAAUAAGGAUGCCACCAACGAGAGGAAAGAAAGCCACGGCCACCGCCGUGAACCAAACAUCCAAGCUGCUGCGAGCAGCGUCCUCGGAGAACCAGGAGGAAGGCUCGCAGGUGAAGAGGUCCUCCUCUCCUCCACAUGGAGCUCCCAAGAAGAGGACUGCUUUCAUAGACAUCACCAAUGCUCAUAAACUUCAGUUGAGCCUUCCAGGGAGGAAGAAAGAACCAGGAAAGAAGGCGGUGAAGAAGAAGACCAACUCCACCUCUGUACCUACAAAGAAUCGAGCCAACCUGAAGAAGUCGGUGUCUGUGAGCUCAGAGGGGACAUCAACUGAGCGCGACAGGACUGAUUCGGAGGAGGACAAGGAAGAGGAACUGCAGAGUGGCAUCGUAGCUUCAGAAGAUGAGCCGACGAGCGUUUCGCCCCGUGCUCCUCGUGACGUGCCAGUACAUCUCCAGAAGCAACAAAUCCCAAAGGAGUUUGACAUAGACUCUGAGAACUCUGAGGACUGUUACAUGUGUCCAGAAUAUGCAAAAGACAUCUUUGACUACCUUAAACAGAGAGAGGAGAAGUUCGUCCUCUGUAACUACAUGCCCAAGCAGCCAAGUCUCAACGCGGAGAUGAGGGCCAUCCUGAUCGACUGGUUGGUCGAAGUCCAGGAGAACUUUGAGCUGUACCACGAGACCCUGUAUUUGGCUGUGAAAAUGACGGACCACUACCUAUCCAAAACCCCCGUCCACAAGGAGAUGCUGCAGCUCGUCGGCUCCACCGCCAUGCUCAUCGCUUCCAAAUUUGAGGAGCGCAGCCCGCCUUGCGUCGAUGAUUUCCUUUACAUUUGCGACGAUGCAUACAAAAGGGAGGAGCUCAUUUCCAUGGAGGCAAACAUCCUGCAGACGCUGUCGUUCGACAUCAACAUUCCCAUUCCAUAUCGGUUCCUCAGACGCUAUGCCAAGUGUGUGAGCGCCGGCAUGGACACGCUGACUCUGGCUCGGUAUUUCUGUGAGAUGAGUCUCAUGGACGUGGACCUGGUGUGGAAGCGGGGCUCUCUGCUGGCCUCAGCCUGCCUGCUGAUGGCACUGCUCACCAAAGACCUGGGAGGAUGGUCGCCCAUCCUGCAGUUCCACUCCGGCUACCAGACGUCAGACUUGGCGCCCGUCGUCAGAAGCCUCCAUCAGAUGCUUUUAGCUCCAGUUGAUGAGAAACUGAAAGCCAUCAGGAACAAAUACUCGCAUAAGGUGUUUUUUGAAGUGGCUUCUCUGCCGUUGGUUGAUAUUGACAUUUUGGAGAAAGCUUUGGCCUCCGAAUGAAGAUGGUAAAACAAAGUCUAAGUUGACAAAAAAUUUCCCUCAGAAAACAAGAAAAAAACUGUACAUAAUUUGUUAAUAUGUUGGAUAUUUAUGUGUAGUUUGACUUCCAGGAAAUGUUGGAAAUAAAACUUUGAUUCGUGUUCCAAAAGUUUAUUUUUAAUAUGGGCAUUUAAUACCAUGUUAGUUUAAUUCUUGCAUACUUUUGAUGGCAUUAUUUUAUAACUUUUUUAUAAGAUGAAAAAAGCAACUUCUUUACUCAGUCUUUUGUAAGCCCCUGCAGGAAGGAGGAAAAAUAAGUGCUCAGAGGAAGUCGGUAAAUGUUUACAUUUACUGCUAAAUUAUGCACUGGCCCAAAGGUUUUCAUAGGUUUGCAUACAUUUGUCCAAGUUAGCAGUGAUGCAUGUGUGUAAUUUCUUAUGUUGUACAGUGUUUUAUCAUGUUAAAUGUCUGUAAACUAAUGUUUUGUAUAAAAGACAACCAGAUGAUGCCAUGCUGCUUUUAAACAGCGGUCAUACAUACUCAUAAAUAAAGAAGUGGUUUUACAUUU